AGACACAGACAGAGGAGGAGGAGGAAAGAGUGAAGAUUGGACACAGACAGUCGCGCUCCCGGGACCCCAGGGCGAUGGCGCAACCCACCGCUUUGAGUAGAAAGAAGCAGCAGAAACAGGCCGAGACCCUGACCAAACUAGCCAAGCACUUCAAUCGAUAUGAAGUGGAUUGUUUAAUGAAGCUCUUUAAUACGCUUAUCAGUACACCUUCUGAGCGCCGUAUCGGAAAUGGACUGGAUCGAAAUACAUUUAGAAAUAUUCUCCACAACACAUUUGGAAUGACAGAUGACAUGAUCAUGGAUAGAGUUUUUCGUGCAUUUGACAGAGACAAUGAUGGCUAUGUCAAUGUAAGGGAAUGGAUUGAAGGGUUAUCUGUAUUCCUCAGAGGGACUUUGGACGAAAAGAUUAAAUACUGUUUUGAUGUUUUUGAUCUGAAUGGAGACGGACAUGUUUCAAGAGAAGAGAUGUUUCACAUGCUCAAGACAAGUCUUAUCAAACAACCAAGUGAAGAAGACCCUGAUGAGGGAGUGAAAGACCUAGUUGAGAUAGCACUGAAAAAAAUGGAUUAUGAUCAUGAUAACAAGGUUUCGUAUGCAGACUUUGAGAAAGCAGUAAAAGAUGAAAACCUCUUGUUGGAAGCUUUUGGACCCUGCCUUCCAGAUUCAAAGACUGCUCUUGCCUUCGAAGACCAAGCCUUCAAGAAAACCAAGGAACAUUAAUCUGCAUCGAUUCUUCUUCAUUGUAUUCAUGAAGGUCAAAACUAUUUCAUCAUUGGUUACCAAUAGCUUGAGUGUUGAGGACUAGGAUAAUUUAAUCACCAUGCAACUGGCUGUUUUUUCUCAGUAAUGAACAUUACAUCAUCUUCUUGCACAACUCAGCAGCAGUCACAUUUGCAUUAAUUACAUGAAGAAUUAAGUGGUACAAUAAACACACAAACCUCUGCAUUAUAAGUUGGUCAAAAUAUUCCUCGUGUUUUAUAUACGUCAGUUAAGAGAACAAAAUGUACAUUUUAUGUAUUAAAAAAAAGCUUGAAUUUGAUUAUAGGAAAUCCACUCCAAGAUCAUAGACUUGCAAGGUUUUAGGAAUAGCAUGGAUCUUACCAAAUAUAAUAAACAAAUUUUAAUGUUA